CAGAGGCAGACUUUGCUCCGUUGAGACCAUUCUCAUGUGGUUGCAUGUCAGGGAGUUUCCUCACAAGCCUCGGACACAUAUGAUCAUACACACACCUGAGGUUACAGAAGCUGCCCUGUAAAGGACUCAAAAUCACGAUUAGGUGAUUGAAACAGGACUUCUGCACCAAUACAUUUGACAAGCUGUAGAGACAUGUGGUGGGUAUUGAUCCUGCUGCUUUCCCUGGCCAACCAGGCUCAGUCUUUAGAAAAGCUCAACAUGUGUAUGGAUGCCAAACACCACAAAAAAGAGCCUGGCGCCGAAGGACAACUCUAUCAACAGUGUGCUCCAUGGAAAGAUAAUGCCUGUUGUACAGCUAACACCAGUGCGGAGGCCCAUGAUGAUAACUCCUACCUCUACAACUUUAACUGGAAUCACUGUGGUGUCAUGACCCCCAAAUGCAAGAAACACUUCACCCAGGACACCUGCUUCUACGAGUGUUCACCUCACCUGGGGCCCUGGAUACAGCAGGUGGACCAGUCUUGGCGUAAGGAGCGGAUCCUACACGUGCCUCUGUGUCAGGAGGACUGCCAUAGCUGGUGGGACGACUGCAAGGAUGACUUCACCUGCAAACAGGACUGGCACUACGGCUGGGACUGGACCACAGGCCGUAACCGUUGUCCUGCUGAGGCUAGUUGUCGUAAGUGGACAGAUAUCUUCCCUACAGCCCAGAUAAUGUGUGAGAAGAUCUGGUCUGACUCCUACAGCUACACCAACCUGCCCAAGUCUUCUGGCCGCUGCAUGCAGCUGUGGUUCACCGGGAAGAACCCCAAUGAGAAGGUGGCGGAAUACUACCUGAACCACGCCCCCUGGCAACGUGCUAUCCCCGUCUCACUCCUCCUCCUGGCAACAAUGUCAUUUAGCGUUGUCCUGCUCUGAAUAAAACCACAGAUGUUCAUGUCA